UACGGGGGUUGAAAUGCGAUUACACCAUCGCUGUAAACACUCUCUCAGUCUUUUGCCCGAAUGUCUGGCAUGUGCGAAACUGUCUGCCUUUCAAGAAUUAAGAUAUUCUGGAUAGCACUUUGGGAGUUAAACAAGAUCACAGUGGGUUCAUCUCCGCUACGGAAGGGACAUAUAUUGUAGUAGCUCUGUGUGUGAAGGUAACGGUACUGGAAAUAUGACCCUGCGAUAACUGCAGCCAGAGGCUACGGACAGCGGGCCGGUCUUGUUUAGAGGCUUGUUACAGGACUUUAUGGUGUGGGCUAAUCGCGCAGGUGAAUGCAGCCUCUUGAAAUAAAGUUACACGUUCGAUUGACUGGCCCAUGCAACACUUCUGCUCUGCGCGUGCCUUUGUGGAUGCCUAUCAUGGACUUUCGCUUGACAUUUGCCCUUGUAGGCAAAUUGAGGUAGCCAUAUAGUUGCUUCCGACAGAACCUGUUGCCUUUCUCCGUUUCUGAAUGCCUUGUUUUACACCCUUUAGGUGGAUUAAUUGAUGGACACGAGCAACAAUGUUUCUGUCUGGAGCUCUGGUAACAUUGGUGCUACUCGAGACUGUUACAUUUCGCGGUACUCAAUCAAAUACAUUACUUAGUAGCCGUUUAGGAUUACUGGACGAUAACGAUUUGCAGGAAUAUCUGCUGGCGGAAAGUCAUUUGAACUCGAAUAAAACAGAGAUGGAGAAGCCACAAGAGAAGCUGUCUCCUUUGAACGCAACAACAGUAUCGUCUAACUCCACACUUACAAGUCCAGAGCACCACCAAGGUAGUAGGCACGGCAAGCCACUGGAGAGGACCAGGCCCUUUGUGGUAGUGGAUGGACACAAGAGAAGUCUGAGUGAGGCCUUGCAGAACGGUCACCCAGACAAGCUACAGUGUGGUCUUCAAUUUGGAGGCAGCAUCUAUCUUUUGGACCUGGAGAAAAACCAUGAUCUCUUGCCCAAGCCCCCCAAUAUCUUCUACUACCUCCCUAAUGGCACUGGGGUUUCUUUAGAGGAGAGCACAGUGACUCACUGCUACUACCACGGCUCAGUGAGGGGCUUCCCACAGUCCAGGGUGGCUCUCAGUACCUGCUCUGGACUCAGGGGUGUGGUGGCCAUCAACUCCACCCUGAGCUUUGAGUUGCAGCCUGAGGAAGAACAUGAGGACGAGGAGGGGGCAGAGGAGAGUGGAGGGGAGGAGGAGGAGGGGAUGCACCUGCUCUACUCCACCAGACCUCUGGAGAGGGGUAGUGUUGGGGGCUGUGGGGUGUCCCAUAAACCUGUACCCCCAAUCCACAUCCCACCACAAGUCCCACACAGGAGUAAGAGGGACAUUCUCUCAGAGACCAAGUACAUAGAGCUUGUGCUAGUAGCUGAUCACAAAGAGUACCGUAACUACCAGAAAAUCAACAAGACUAUCAUCUAUCGAAUGCUGGAUGUGGCCAACCAAGUAGACUGGUUCUACCGGCCGCUGAGUGUGCGUGUGGCUCUAACUGGGGUGGAGAUCUGGAGUGACCAGGAUAAGAUCCAGGUUGACAAGAGUCCCUCAGACACUCUCAACCGCUUCCUGGAGUGGCGCACCAGAGAGCUGCUGCCCCGCCUGCGUCACGACAAUGCUCAGCUCAUUAUGGGGGGCUCAUUUGAUGGAACUACAGUGGGAAUGGCAUCUCAGUCUUCCAUGUGCUCCAAGGACCGGUCAGGAGGAGUCAAUGUGGAUCACCUGGUCAGUGUACUGGGGGUGGCGUCCACCAUUGCCCACGAGCUCGGGCACAAUCUGGGCAUGAAUCACGACACGGCCGACCGGCGCUGCCAUUGUCAGAAUGAACCACGCCUGGGAGGCUGCAUCAUGGAGCCAUCUACUGGGUUCAUGCCAGGCCAGCUGUUCAGCAGCUGCAGUGCCAGAGACCUGUCCCUCAGCCUGCUCCAUGGUGGGGGGAUGUGCCUCUUCAACGUGCCCCAGCCUGAGAAACUGCUGGGGGGGCCACGCUGUGGAAACCUCUACGUGGAGAAUGGAGAGGAGUGUGACUGCGGCCUGCUGGAUGAGUGUAACGAUCCCUGCUGCAACGCCACCACCUGUAAACUGGUUCCUGGGGCCCAGUGUUCCUCCGAUGGCAUCUGUUGUGACAACUGCAGGCUGCGUACAGGUGGAUGGAUGUGUCGGCAGCCCCUGGGGGAGUGUGACCUCCCAGAGCACUGCACCGGUACCUCUCCCUACUGUCCCCCCAACGUGUUCCUGCAGAACGGCGAGCCCUGCGAGGAAGGCUCCUCCUACUGCUACAGCGGUGUCUGCGCCAGCUUCAACACACAGUGCCAGAUGUUGUGGGGACCUAAUUCCACCAGGGCUCCGCCUGUCUGCUUUUCCUCCGUCAACAAACAGGGCAACAAAUAUGGCAACUGUGGCCAGAUGGCGAACGGAACCUACAUCCCCUGCCCUAGCAAAGAUGUGCAUUGUGGGAGGCUCCAGUGCCAGGGAGGCAACGACCGUCCGUUGCUAGGCACCAGCGCUGAGAUCCUGACCACCAAAGUAAAAUUUAACUACAGCGAUUUUGUCUGCCGGGGAACCUACUUCCACCUUGGCGACGACGUCUCCGACCCUGCCAUGGUGGCACAGGGCACCGCGUGUGGUCUUGGCAAGGCCUGUUGGAACCAGCGGUGUCAGGAUGUGUCUUUGUUCGGCGUCGACGAGUGUCAGAGCAAAUGCAAUGGACACGGGGUGUGCAACAGCAAUAAGAACUGCCACUGUGACGUGGGCUGGGCUCCUCCAGACUGUAGGUACACGGGCCAUGGAGGCAGUGUGGACAGUGGCCCUGCAAGAGCACCUAGAGGAUCUGACCCGGCACGUGUGGCCUUGCUGGUCAUCUUCCUCUUCAUCCUGCCAGUGGUUCUCCUCUUCCUCGCCCUGCGUUUCCCCCGCUGUCACCGCAACCUGCCCUGCCUGGGCACUACCAGCCCCUUCCACAAGGGCACCGGACGCCAACAGAGCCGGACCCCGGCCACCGAGCGAGUGGAUGCUCGUAACGGGGAACAGGUCCAACCUCUGAGGUACCACUGGAGCCGCCAGAGUGACAUCCAAAUGACCCCGUCGCUGCCUUCUAACAAGGUUCAGGACAGACCUGCUCCGCCUACUAAGCCACUUCCUCCUGACCCUGUCUUAAAACAAGCCCAGCCAUCGUUGAGUCGGCCGGCUCCUCCCACCAAGCCUCUACCCCCUGACCCUGUGCUAACAGGCAGCCAGGCCCUUGUACCACCCAAAAAACCACCAGCCUCCAGGAAGUCCUUGCCUUCGGACCCCCCGUCACAUCCCACCCAUCCUGGGUACACUGCAUCUGGUGCCCCUGUGCAACAUGGAGCUAGUAUAACUUCAGUUCCUCCUGUUGCAGCCAUCCCUUCCAGACGUGCCCCUUUACCUCCAGUACGGACGUCACAACCCAGAAAACCUAACUCGACACCUCCGAUUUAACCACCAAAGACCCACAAAACCACUAGGAUUAUCUUAAACCGGACAACACGAAUUGCACUGAUUCAGCCAGGAGUUUUAUUAUGAGGACCCUUAUAGGACGGCUCAGAACCCAGAAGUCUCCAAACGAAGGCUGCGUUUCACUCUCCCUGCCCCCCUUAACUAUUUCCUGUUGUCUUCCUACUGAGAGACUGACAGGUUCCUUGGUUGGUUACCUGCCAUGUUGGGACAGACUGGGGCUCCGAGCAAAGCAGAGAAGGUCUGGAAUGUUUAGUCGGGUUGAUCCGUUGGCCAUUGAGAAACUGAAUGGAUGUAGUUAAGUAUCCGUCAAAGAUGUAACACUUCCUGAAAACUGUGUGGCUUUUGACAUUAACUGACAAUUACAAAGACGGAUGUCUACACAGAGGAUAAGCUCAAUGAAGAUUAAAGGUAGGCCCAGUACUGGUUUUAUGGCACUAGCACAUUUGAAUAUGCUCCGUGAUGCUUCAGAAUAGCUUAUUACUCUUCAAAUUAUAGGUUGAAGCCCAAGUCAUCCUCCCAAUCUGACUGUGGCCACCAUUUUUCAGUAUUUUAUUUUAAGUGACUUGGCUAAUGCAGGCCUCAGGAAACAAGUCCUGACCACCUCUUGGUCUCUUUCUGGAAUACAGAAGCAUAUCAACACUUUCAUUCACCGCAAUGAUUUCUUUGAUCUCCAUCACAAUGGUGUCAUUGAGGGGGAGGACCUUGCAUGCAACCCUCUGACUAACCCUUGAGAUGAAAUGAGAAUAGUGUCACAGAAACUUUAGUUCUUGAUAGCAGAGCUGUACAACUGUAAAUACCAUAGAAUUGGAACUUGCCUACUAGUUUUAAUUCUACAAUAACGACUAUUUAAAAGCCGAAGAGAUGGAUCUCUGGAGAAGUGAGGGGGGAAGUAGAUUGAACUUUGUGAAACGCGAGGCCACUUCUCGAAGACUGACCUACGUUCUGACAGAUCGGUUGCCUUUUUUGUACCUUUGGUGAUCAGUUGUGCCGCACCAGUUUUGGCCGAAAUGAGUUAAGUGCACUCCUAGAAUGUCUUUACAUAUUCAGGUGAAUUAAAACCAAGCCAUGGGAUUCACUUCUUAAACUGGGGAAACGCACAGACUGAAUGUACGAAAAAAACUAUAGGCUCACACUUUACAUUAAGUCACAGCAAUGCCAUGUAGUUACACCAAAUAUAAUUUUCUCUGUCUUAUUUCAUGUAACUAGAUUGGUAAUUAAUGUCAAACAUUUUUUGUCACUUAUCCUUUUAGUGCAAUUCAAGCAUUGUUAUGUUCCUUCUCUGCAGUUUGAGUAACUACAUGGAAUAAGGGCAACUUAAUAUAAAGUGUUAUGAUGGUUUGAAAUAAACCACAAUAUAAGUAUUACUUAUACAAUAUAAGUAUUACAGGUGGUGGGCCACCUUUACAGGGGCUGUACGUCAACAGGCAACAGUAUUGCUUUUGCCUGCAUGUCAUGAAAGUGUAUUUCAUUUCUAGUGAAUGAUUGUUGUUUUCUAUGUCAAAACGUAAAUGUUUGUCUUCUAUUUAAUAUUGGUUAAAGUGAUGAAUUCCAAGCCUUAUGAGUUUUGGGUUAAUAACAUACUCUUAUGAAGACCAAGUGGUUGAAUUUGAAAGCACCCCAACGGCAACAUGGCUAACUGUGUUUAUACAGCAAAUAGAUGUUUUUGUGUAUCAAUGAUGGCUUAUUUAGUCAAAGAGAAUGGCUAGCAGGUAUGAUAAUUAGAAUUGGUAACUGAUACUCUUCAUCCUGAUUUGAAAUCUUCCAAUACUUCUUGGUCAUUUGGAUAAAUGAGUACUGGUAUGCAAUAUACACUGCUCAAAAAAAUAAAGGGAACACUAAAAUAACACAUCCUAGAUCUGAAUGAAUGAAGUAUUCUUAUUAAAUACUUUUUUCUUUACAUAGUUGAAUGUGCUGACAACAAAAUCACACAAAAAUUAUCAAUGGAAAUCAAAUGUAUCAACCCAUGGAGGUCUGGAUUUGGAAUCACACUCAAAAUUAAAGUGGAAAACCACACUACAGGCUGAUCCAACUUUGAUGUAAUGUCCUUAAAACAAGUCAAAAUGAGGCUCAGUAGUGUGUAUGUACUGUAUGACUUCCCUACAACGCCUGGGCAUGCUCCUGAUGAGGUGGCGGAUGGUCUCCUGAGGGAUCUCCUCCCAGACCUGGACUAAAGCAUCCGCCAACUCCUGGACAGUCUGUGGUGCAACGUGGCGUUGGUGGAUGGAGCAAGACAUGAUGUCCCAGAUGUGCUCAAUUGGAUUCAGGUCUGGGGAACGGGCGGUCCAUAGCAUCAAUGCCUUACUCUUUCAGGAACUGCUGACACACUCCAGCCACAUGAGGUCUAGCAUUGUCUUGCAUUAGGAGGAACCCAGGGCCAACCGCACCAGCAUAUGGUCUCACAAGUGGUCUGAGGAUCUCAUCUCGGUACCUAAUGGCAGUCAGGCUACCUCUGGCGAGCCCAUGGAGGGCUGUGCAGCCCCCCAAAGAAAUGCCACCCCACACCAUGACUGACCCACCGCCAAACCGGUCAUGCUGGAGGAUGUUGCAGGCAGCAGAACGUUCUCCACUGCGUCUCCAGACUGUCACGUCUGUCACAUGUGAUCAGUGUGAACCUGCUUUCAUCUGUGAAGAGCACAGGGCGCCAGUGGCGAAUUUGCCAACCUUGGUGUUCUCUGGCAAAUGCCAAACGUCCUGCACGGUGUUGGGCUGUAAGCACAACCCCCACCUGUGGACGUCGGGCCCUCAUACCACCCUCAUGGAGUCUGUUUCUGACCGUUUGAGCAGACACAUGCACAUUUGUGGCCUGCUGGAGGUCAUUUUGCAGGGCUCUGGCAGUGCUCCUCCUGCUCCUCUUUGCACAAAGGCGGAGGUAGCGGUCCUGCUGCUGGGUUGUUGCCCUCCUACGGCCUCCUUCACGUCUCCUGAUGUACUGGCCUGUCUCCUGGUAGCGCCUCCAUGCUUUGGACACUACGCUGACAGACACAGCAAACCUUCUUGCCACAGCUCGCAUUGAUGUGCCAUCCUGGAUGAGCUGCACUACCUGAGCCACUUGUGUGGGUUGUAGACUCCGUCUCAUGCUACCACUAGAGUGAAAGCACCGCCAGCAUUCAAAAGUGACCAAAACAUCAGCCAGGAAGCAUAGGAACUGAGAAGUGGUCUGUGGUCACCACCUGCAGAACCACUCCUUUAUUGGGGGUGUCUUGCUAAUUGUCUAUAAUUUGCACCUGUUGUCUAUUCCAUUUGCACAACAGCAUGUGAAAUUUAUUGUCAAUCAGUGUUGCUUCCUAAGUGGACAGUUUGAUUUCACAGAAGUGUGAUUGACUUGGAGUUACAUUGUGUUGUUUAAGUGUUCCCUUUAUUUUUUUGAGCAGUGUACAUUACAAGUAUUUCAGAUCAUUUGACUGUUAAUUAUUUUUGAUGAAUUACUAAAGUUUUCAAGGUUGAUUUAUGAAAACCUCUAAUUGCACAGGGAUGCACAUGUCAUUAUGCCUUCCGUCGGUCCAUUUGAUUUAGAAUUUGUAAAUGUCCUUUUUUGACCUUCUACUGACAAUGAUCUGUUCCAAUGUUCUGAACACACUUUCCCUUUGGUUCUAUUCAUAUGUCUUACAUGUCUAAUACGUCUGAUUAUCAGUAUGAGAACACUCAGAUGUAACAUGAAUUGUUACGAAUUUUGCUCAAUGCAAUUAUGGGAUUGUCUUUUCAGGAGACUGUUCUACUUUGACCUCUGUCUGCAGUUUUCCUACUAUCUCAAUUGAGACGUUCACUUCUGCUGAGGGAAAUAAAACAGACUGUGGAAAGGUGA